GUUCAGUGAAUGCAGUCAACACUUAAUGCAUAUAAAGCACGUGUUGUUCAGUGUUUUCGUUUUGAGAGGCAUUUAAAUGUUUGGUCAACUCAUUGCUAUCACCAGUGAAUCCAAUUAAUAGUCCACAAAAUGGCCAAAAGGAAGAGACCAUCGAAAGGAUCAGUUGGUGGACAAACACCAAAGGAUGCCGACGAGUCAAAUGUGGUGGUCUUGGAUGCGGUCCGCUAUUCAGAUGAACCCAUUGCCAAGAAAACCAAAUGGAUUAACAAACAACGAGUGCUUGUGUUGGCCACCCGUGGCAUCACUUAUAGGGAAAGACAUUUCAUGAAUAACUUGAAGCAAUUGCUGCCGCACUGCAAA